CGUGCGGGGUUGGCUGGAUGGUCUGGCCGUCCCCUCGCCGUCCAGAGCUUCACUCCCUUGGCUGGCGUGCGCGGCCUCUGACACAGCCUCGACGCCACGGCCGCGACAGACACACACGCGCUGGUCUUGGCUUGUGGCCAGUGUGACGUCACCUAUCCUCCUGUGACGUAAUUCACGGAGGUCAAGGCGACGCUUGCCACGUUGAUCAUCACUGGUUGACGUGGUAAGAUUCCUUUUUGUGAUUCAAAACCGCUACAAUGAAAUCCUUCGGAAAGAUGUUUAAGCGUAAGAAGGGCGAGGGAGAACCCGAGGAGGAACAGCAGCUGCAACAGCAACAAUCAGCUGAUAGUGACGUGGGCGGAGAAGCCACGCCCCGUGACCUAAGUGCCCUGGGACCUGCGGUGGGCGACGGGGUGGACCUGCCGCAUGCGGACCAGAGCGGCGACGAUGACAG